AGAAUAUGAGUCGCGGCCACACGAUAUCCCCUAGCCCUACGCCUACGCUAAGCAUCGCUCAGAGCGGGUCCUCCUCCAAACCUUCAACCAUGACCAAAACCACAACCAUUACCAUGUUGGCCUUCCCUAACAAACUCCUCAUAAUCCGCCCAUCCAUCUUCGGCCCGGCCCAGAACUUCCCUUACCGAGGCUACGGCGUACCCUUAUGAACACCACUAACCACUCUAGCAACAAUGGUAUCGCUUACCCCCUCAAUCCGG